AGCUAGGGAAGGCGGGCCUGUUUCCGGGCAGCGCGGGAGGCCGGAGGCCGGAGUGCUGUCCGCGCGGCCGCCGACAUGGAGACUCUGUACCGAGUCCCCUUCUUAGUGCUCGAAUGCCCCAACCUGAAGCUGAAGAAGCCGCCCUGGGUGCACAUGCCGUCGGCCAUGACGGUGUACGCCCUGGUGGUGGUGUCGUACUUCCUCAUUACCGGAGGAAUAAUCUAUGACGUUAUUGUUGAACCUCCAAGCGUUGGCUCAAUGACUGAUGAACAUGGACAUCAGAGACCAGUAGCUUUCUUGGCUUACAGAGUAAACGGACAGUAUAUUAUGGAAGGACUUGCGUCUAGCUUCCUGUUUACAAUGGGAGGUUUAGGUUUCAUAAUCCUGGACCGAUCCAAUGCACCAAAUAUUCCAAAACUCAAUAGGUUUCUUCUUCUCUUCAUUGGCUUUGUCUGUGUCCUGCUGAGUUUCUUCAUGGCUAGAGUAUUCAUGAGAAUGAAAUUGCCGGGCAGACACCUCCACAGUUUGGGGGCUCAGAGGCUCAGCUCCAGGCGUGCUAUUCCUGACUCCCAGUGCUGCCUCUAGUAAUGAUGGGGGCUUUGCAGUCCAAGUCAGUUUCCAUAAAGAGGGGCUACCUGAUGGGCUAGUGCCUUUUGAGGAAGUCAGUGAAUCCUGGAUUGACUCCUGUUGUGAAGCAUUAGAGGCUGAGCCAUUCCCCUGUGCGGUGGGUGAGGAGAAGAGUGAAGAGCAGAGUAAAAGCCACGUUGAGGACACCCUAGCAAGCAUAUGCCGGCUAGGACUGGGGUUCACGCUGUCAGAGACACGUUCAUUACAGUAUUUUUUCUGAUGACCUCUUCGAUGUACCAACUAUGUUAAGUGGCAUUUUCUUCUUAGUUUUUUACUUCCUAGAGAAAAUAUACUCCAUUUCUAAAACGUUGGUAUUGAAUAAAAUGAUUAUUUUUUACAACCCCCUUAUCAUUUUUUGGACAUGAUAUUUCUGAUUUUCAGAAAUUAAUGCAAAUCGGGAAGUAUAUCGUGAGAACUGAGAUACUUGGACAACUGGUCAGUUCCCCCAGUGGUGCUUUGCCUUUAAACGGUGUGUGGGACUCUGCCAUUUCAGACACAUACGGGAGACUGUUUCCUAGACAAUAUGUAUGAAAGGAGCAGAAAUAAAUGAUUUUUCUAAUUAA